AUGAUAUACAUGCUCUUCGCCCAAUUCUUUGGAACCCUCAUGAACGUCACCACUCGGCUUCUGGAAGUGGAAGGCAACAAGGGCAAAGGUCUCCAUCCUUUUCAGAUCCUCUUUGCGCGCAUGGCGAUCACUGUUGUCCUUGCGUCGGGCUACAUGGCGUACGCGAAAACACCCUCCUUUCCCUGGGGCAAGCUCGAAGUCCGCUGGCUCCUUGUAGCGCGAGGCUUCGGUGGCUUCUUUGGUGUCUUUGGCAUGUACUAUUCCUUGCUCUACCUUCCUCUGGCAGAUGCCACCGUCAUCACCUUUCUUGCUCCUGGACUAGCCUGCUGGGCUUGCUCCUAUUUCAUCAACGAGCCUUUCACCCGCGUGGAGAGAAUCGGGACACUCAUCUCUUUGAUCGGCGUCAUUUUCAUUGCUCGUCCAACGACGCUCUUCCAGGCUUUCCAAGGCAGUAGAAGUGACCCUCCUCCUGCGGGCGGAACAGGCGAUAUGGCGCCUUCAGGAAACAGUAAAAUCCCCGAUUCCGGCUCGGACGCUUCUGACUACGACAGCGUCACUCCCACUCAACGCCUGGCCGCUGUCGGCAUUGCUCUUCUUGGUGUCGCAGGCUCAGUUUGCGCCUUUACGACCAUUCGCUGGAUCGGGAAACGCGCGCAUCCACUCAUCUCCGUGAACUACUUCGCUGUGUGGUGCACAAUCAUCAGCAUCGUGAUGCAGUUUGCUCUUCCGAACGUCGGCUUCUUGCUCCCCGCAGAUCUGAAGGAGUGGGGAUAUCUCAUCUUCUUGGGAUUAUGUGGAUUCGUAAUGGUAAGUUGGGCAGAGGUAGUUCGAUCUUCUGUCUCCAUUCGCUGAUACCCGACUGCAGCAAUUCCUCCUCGCCGCCGGUCUUAGCCAUGAAAAGUCUUCCCGAGCGACCAACAUGACAUACACCCAGAUGCUCUUCGCUCUCGGAGCUGAUAAGCUCAUCUUCGACCAUGCGCCCAGUAUCUUGUCAAUCAUCGGGUCUACUCUGAUCUUGGGCAGUGCCAUUAUCGUUGCGCUUCAAAAGGGCUCUGGCCCCACCAGGGAGGCUACAGAAGGCAGUAGAAGGACCGCGGAUGAGGAGGCGCAGCGCGGUCUACUGGGUGAGGAUGUGGAAGUCGGAGAGGAUCACGAUCGGACACCGUUACAAGACGUGAGUGUGAGGGCUUUGAGGUAG